AUGAUGGACGCAACGUCUGAAUCAGAAAGAACAAGCUUAGACCUAUCGAUUUCAUCACCAAAACAAGCUUACUACGUUGAGAGCCCAUCAAGCGUGUCCCAAGUACUAUACGAUGGUGAUAAAUCAUCUUCCUCUGCUUCCUUGAUUCAGAUUCAAACCCCAAACUACACCAUCCUCACGGAGUCACGUCUCUCUUCCUCAAGCCGAACCUCCAAUGGAACCAGCGGUGUGGGAUUCCGGUGGAAAGGAAGCUCUCGGAGGAGAGACAUGUAUUGGCUUGAGAGGCCUUACACGAUUGAUGAAGAGGAAGUUUAUGAAGAUAGCAACAGAGGAUUAUCUGUGGGACAAUGCAGAGCCGUGAUGGUGAUAUUAGGGAUUGUGGUUGUGUUCUCUGUUUUCUGCUCUGUUUUGUGGGGAGCUUCUCAUCCUUUCUCUCCUAUCGUCUCUGUCAAGAGCUUUAAUCUCCAUAGCUUUUACUACGGAGUAGGUAUAGACAGAACAGGAGUCGCCACCAAGAUUCUGAGCUUUAACAGCUCAGUGAAAGUGACAAUAGACAGUCCUGCUCCUUACUUUGGUAUCCAUGUCUCUUCUUCUGCUUUCAAUCUCACCUUCUCUGCUCUCACUCUCGCCACUGGUCAGGUACUACUCUGUUGUUUUCAGAUUUCACUCAUUGCUCCUUAUCGUCAUCGUAAUCUGAUUAUCAAAUCUUGGUUUGUGAAGCUUAAGAGUUAUUACCAACCAAGAAAGAGUAAGCACAUAGCCAUUGUGAAGCUCAUAGGCGUAGAGGUUCCUCUGUAUGGAGCAGGACCAAACUUAGCUGCUUCCGACAAGAAGGGAAGAGUUCCGGUGAAGUUGGAGUUUGAGAUCAGAUCACAAGGGAAUCUUUUGGGAAAGCUUGUGAAGUCGAAGCACCUGAAUCACAUCUCAUGCUCCUUCUUCAUCUCUUCCUCCAAAACCACAAAACCAAUACAAUUUACUCAUAAGACCUGUAAACUCAAUACCAAGUAA